CGCCAACGUCUGCAAUUACUCGAAUGCUCUUUCCCCCUGCUUGCUAAAGAUGCCAAUGAUGCGACAUCAAAUCGCAAAGUUUUCAACCCAGACAAAGUGACCCCGCCAACAACAUCAUGCCUCCAUCAAAAGCAACACAAGCCGCCGAUUGCGCCAGGGCUUCUCGCGCCCGUGCAAAAGGGGGCGGGGGACGACCGGACGCAGCAAAAGUCAGCAAGAGGACUCCGGGCGGCGACAGGAAACGGGUCCAGAACCGCAUUUCUCAGCAAUGCCUCCGGGAGAAGCGCGCCGCCAGCAGUCGCCACACGGACCACAUGAUGGAGGCCAUGAGCUUCGCUGCCCAGACCGACCGGUCGCGGCAGUACACCCUCUUGCUGGACGCCCACCUGAAGCUGAUCAAGGAGAACCAGGCGAUGGAGGACGCGCUGUUCAGGAUGCGAAAAAAGCUGCUCAGUCUGAGCAGUGCUGCCGCUAUGGCCGCGGAUGACCCAGUUUUUGAGGAGAUGAUGGGCAGAAAGCAACGGGAGCCGGAAGAACCUCCGGAACCCACAGCCGAAUCGCUCAGGAGCGGGUCGAGACGCGGACGCCAUCAGCCCCCACAGAACGACCUGAACCAAGCUGUCACACAGACUGCCAUGUCGCUUGAUGCCGAUCCCAUCAUGUUUGCGCAUGACGGAUCGAGGCCAACUGAUCAAAACUCCGACAGCCAUAGUGACCUCGGCCUCCAUGUACCAGCCCGGGAGAGUGUGAUAAUGGACGAGUUCAUUGGCAUGUUGUCACCAUCGGACACACCAGCCACCCAAUCAGCCUGGUUCGAGCCACUGAGAUACUCCCCUCAAUCGGCCUCGAGUGCGCUGGUGGCAACAAAUCCCGAGCACGAGCCUCGGCAUGGAGACGAGCAUCAGACACUCUCUGCAGACUCAAGCAGUCUUCUCGAUACCGGCAACUUAUUCUUUAGCGAUAUUUCCAGUGCAUCCCACCAAGCACUCACUGCGCUCCCAUCACCCUGGGAUAUUUCCUCAUUCCCAAAUCGGCAGAAGCUAUCCGUCAGGUCCAGCAGUGCUUGGUGCCAAAAGGUUGUUCGGGCUUCAAUCGAGUGCAUCUCAAGGUCCCAGCGCAUGGGCAUCCUGAAGCACUUGACAAACGAGCAGAUCAGCCAGCAAGUCGCGGUCGCGGCGUUCAACCUUUUGUCCACGGGCUCGGGCGUGCAGCAAUAUGUCUACGGCUGUAAUGGCGCACCGUAUGCAGAGAGUGUCCUUUACUGGCGCCUCGGCGCCGCUGCUCGCUCAACAGUUCUUGAACCCUUCCGACCUACUCCUCUACAACAAGGUAUCGGAGAUGUUCCAUUCGUGGACUUUUUGAACUGGCCCGAGAUUCGUGACCAGGUCAUCCUGGCUGGUGAUAGCAUCGACUUGGACACCCUUGCCCGCGAUGUAGUUUUGCACACGGUGGUCGAAAUCCCCGAGCAACACAUCGCAGUCAGCGUUUUUCGACAAUACCAAAGUCGCAACUCUUCCGGAGGCAGGGUGAUGGCGUGCUAUCUUUUCGAUCCCGAUUGGGUGUUCUUUGAAGUUGGUCGCGGAGACCCCGACUUUGUCCCAUCAGCACCAGACCCUGUAGAGGAAGCCAUCGCCAGGGAGCUAUGUCGACGCCUGAAGAGCUUCGCCAAGUGUUACGCCCCUAGUAUAUCCCCUCGGGUACUCGAGUCCAGUAAAGUCGCAGUCACGCAGCCAAUGUCGCCGCUGAGACUCUUUGAUCCCAAGUUCUCGAUUGACAGCAUUGCUGUCCAGGAUGGACUUACAAACGCAAAGGAGUGGAAGCUGAGCAGGGAAUUCAGCGAGAAAUACCCAUUUUUGGAUUGUUCUUCUGCUACGGCGAGAUACGAAACCAAGGUGCUCCCUUUGGCUGUGUGAUUCAAGAGAACCUCGAAUGGAGCGCUCCACAAGGCCUCCGGCCAUCUUCUGCGCCUGGCUAGCUCAAUCGGUAGAGCGUG